AUGGAAUCUAGAAGGGGCCAACGCGUGACGCCGCCCGUUACAGGGGAACUGGGGGAAAUGGGCGACUUCAACGGAGAUGGCCACCUCGAUAUUGUGACGGUGAAUGGGAACGACAAUACAGUGAGCGUCUUGCUCGGCACUGGAUCGGGAACCUUCCAGCCGCAGGCUACAUUUCCUGUGGCGUCCGCUUUCGCCGGGCCCGCUGAUGUUGCAGUGGGCGACUUCAAUGGAGAUGGCUAUCUCGAUAUUGUGACUGCGAAUGGGAAUGACUAUACAGUGAGCGUCUUGCUCGGGAAUGGAUCGGGGGACUUCCAGCCGCAGGCAAAAUUCCCCGUGGGCCCCGGGCCGUUCGCAGUUGCAGUGGCCGACCUCAACGGAGAUGGCCACCUCGAUAUUGUGACUGCGAAUCUAUACGACAAUACAGUGAGCGUCUUGCUCGGAGAUGGAUCGGGAAGCUUCCAGCUGCAGGUCACAUUCCCCGUGGGGGCCGCGCCGAUCGCCGUUGCGGUGGGCGACUUCAAUGGAGAUGGCUAUCUCGAUAUUGUAACUUCGAAUGAGUCCGACAAUACAGUGAGCGUCUUGCUCGGAGAUGGAUCGGGAACCUUCCAGCUGCAGGUCACGUUCCCCGUGGGUUCCCAGCCCGUUGAUGUCGCAGUUGGUGAUUUCAACGGUGAUAGUCACCUUGAUAUCAUGGCUACCAAUAAUCGCGAUAAUUCAGUGAGUGUCUUGCUCGGAACUGGAUCGGGGAGCUUCCAGGCGCAGGCCACAUUCCCCGUAGGGCCAGCUCCGUACGGCGUUGCAGUGGGCGACUUCAACAGAGAUGGUCAUCUCGAUAUCGUGGCUACGGAUAAUGGCGACAAUUCAGUGAGUGUCUUGCUGGGGACUGGAUCCGGGAGCUUCCAGCCGUACGCCAUUUUCGCAGUCGGGUCCGCGCCGCGUAGCGUUGCUGUGGGCGACCUCAAUGGAGACGGCUAUCUUGAUAUUGUGGCUGUAAAUAACAAAGACAAUACAGUGAGCGUCUUGCUCGGGAAGGCUUGCGGCGCUUAG